AUGAAUCCCAACCCCACCGGUUACCCUGCUCUCCAGCAGCAUGGCAACCCCAUGCUGUCGUCCCCGGCCGCUUAUCCUGUCCAAGCGUCCAGCCCGGGUAACCAACAGCAGCUGCCUUUUUAUCCGAAUUCGAUGUCUUCGUAUCCCCAGCCACGAACCCCCCAGGGCCCUCAUCCUCUCCAGCAGCACCAGCCCCAGCCCCAGCAUUCCUUUAAUCCCAUGCCUGUCCAGUCCAGCGGCCCUGCGCCGGCCAUGAUGUCGUCCAGCAUGCCGCAGCAACACCCUGGUCCCCACGCCAGCUUGCCUUUGUCUGCGCCUUCUCCCUAUGCUCCGGCGACAAUCCCGGCGACAACAGCUGCCUCGCCGUCGCACUCGCAGGAGCCCUCGACGCUGCCGACGACCGCUGUCCCGGCCACAUCCCAGAAUAUGACGGCCCUCUCCAAUUCGAACAACAUGUUUCCCGCUCAGCAGAGACCGUCGCAACCGUCCAAUCAACAGCCACAAGUCUCAGGGCCGUCAGCGGCCGCUCAGGCGCAGGCUGCUGCUCGAGAAAAAGCGCGCAUCUCCACUCUCCUGGAUAUCAAUUCAGCUCUCUUGCAGGAAGUCGUGAACCUCCAAGCAGCGGGAAAGGCUGGUGGUCCCCCUGCGCCUCCGGGUUCGCAGCAGAAUUCGCCGACGCAAGAGCAGCAGGCCGCCUCUCCCGUCUCUUCGGCGGACCAGAACCACGCGAACGACGCGUCGAAACCUCCAGCGCAGAAGCCCAGCCAGGAAUACAUUGAAUGCAUGCGUCGCCUUCAGGCGAACCUGGCGUAUCUGGCCACGAUUGCGGACCGUGCGAAGAAAUCGAGUGGAGUUAUCCCUGCAGCCCCAGCAAUCUUGACCCCUCCGCCCAACUUGCCCAGCUUGAACGAGAUGUACGCAAAAUUGAAUGAACUAUUCCCAGGACCUCACCGGGGACCACCGACAACUCCUCAGCAACAGCAGCAGCAGCAGCAACAACACCAGCAGCAGCAGCAGCAGCAGCAGCAGCAAAGGCCAGCCCAGCAGGGUUCCAUCCCGGGCAAUGCUGGACCCGGCCCGGUAGCGGUCGGAGACAACGGGGUGUGA